AUGGCUUUGACUGAGAAGAGGGUCUCUGCCAAGGAAGAGGUCAAGGUGGAAAAGGAGAGCAGUCCAGAAAGAUCGUCACAGGUCUUAAAUGGCACAAGGGCAUACAACAUACAACCACCCAUGUACAAUACUUCAGACAACAAACGUGACAACAAUUUGCAAGGCGUUUGGGUUGAGGGGGAUGUGUUCUUGGCGGACUGGAUGCGAGAGGCCGCAAUGAGACCAGUUGAGCUCGUUUUUGAUUGGCAAGAAUACGAAGGAGACAGUCGCUUGCCGGCAGAUCGGCAGUCGACCUAUGCCGUGGAUGAGCUUCAUGGCCGGGAGCUCACCAGCGCUGAGCAGCGCAGCAUCAUGGGGGUCUUUCGAGAGAUGGUGAAGAGCUCGGGUGUGGCUGAACGUGCAGAGCAGAGAGGGAAGGCCCAUGUGCAGCGCUUGGGCGUGUAUUUUGGUCUUAAGGCUUUGAAAGGGAAGAUCCGGUACAAGCUGUACGAGGAGCGAAUUGGCUUGCUGGCAGCGACCUUAGAGCCUGUCACGGCCACACCGGAGAAGCGUUUGCGCAUCGCCUUUGGCCUCCUGGACGUGGGCGGCGACGGCGUCCUGGGGCGCCGGGAUGUCUUCGCAGCCCUGGCGGCCACCACCUUCGAGGAUGCUGGCUACAGUGAUCCUGUGACGGUGGUUUUCAAUGCUCCGGGCGCUUAUGGCAUUCACUUCGCUGACUCGGACACGCCGAGACUCCUGGUCUUGGAGGUGGUCGCAGAAAGCCCCGCAGAGAAACAGGGCGUCAGGCCUGGCAGCCGGCUCGCGAAGAUCAAUGGCAUGAGUGUGGAGACUUGGCAAGAAGUCUGGGAGUCAUGUGAGCCACAGUCAAAUCCUAGCGACUUGGUUUUAUAUAAAAUUGAUCAUUUUUGGUGGGAUCUUGCAGAACGAAGCCGGAAAACCAAAAACGAAGCCUCUUGGUGGGAUUUUUGCAUGUGUAUCCUCUUGGAGUGCAUGAAAUGCGGCCAAAACGAAGCCCCAAACGAAGCCCAAAUUCACGAAAAAGUGUCCUUUGUAGACCCUGCCCCAAAUGCCCCGUGCUGUAAGAAGUUCCUUUGGCAAAUUGCUGUACUGGUAGGUUUUUAA